GCAUAAACUGGUUUGGGGAUUAUUUGUUGUUGUGAUCAUAUAUUAGCGCUUCUAAAUUCAACUCUACUAUUGUGCCUUUACUUCAAUGGUUCGUGCAAACCUCGAACUAGUCAAGUUUACUUUAUAUUGUGCGCUUCCAUUGGGGGCAAUGUACUAUAUUGGACACCCUAGCUAUUACGAGAAAAACAUCGAGCGUGCAAACUUUUGGAAAAACGAUGACAGAACAAUUCCCACUGAAAGAGAAGAAAUCCACGACGAACUCGAAAAACUCCGUGAACAAAGACGAAUGCGUAAAGUCGAAGAAAUCCUUAAACAAGAUAAAACAUAAACUUUUUUCCAUAAACUCAAGGAAAACUUGCGUUCUGUUGUUUUUCCUGAGUACAGUUUCUUAUCUAGGGAUUGCCUUCUUAACUUCUUUUUUUUCAGUUUUUGAUCACACAGCAAAUCUCUACUUAAGUCAAAAUGAUUCCCAAAUAAGAAAUAAUCUGUUAGGAGGAUUUUUUAAGGCUUGGAUCCGCUGGGAUGCAAUUUAUUUCGUGGAUAUGGCAUUGCAAAAUCGACUAUUCGAACAAGAGUGGGCAUUUUCAGAUUUUUGGAGCGCCUUAAUACGAUUUGUUUGCUUUGGCUCGAAGGAUGUAGUUGUACUAGGAUUAGCUGCGUGCUGCUUAGCUAUCGUCUUACAUGCCGUUGCGGCAGCGGCUUUUUAUUGUACUACGAAGGUGAUAUUCUUGGAUAAACAAAUUUCAGUACUCUCAAUCAUUUUCUACCUAUUAUCUCCCGCUGGAAUUUUUAUGUCAGUUGGUUAUACGGAAUCAGCUUUUGCUGCAUGCAGUUUUCUUGGACUCUUGUGUUUUGUACGAAAGAGGCAGACGUUAGCUAUGCUGUUUUGGUCGAUUUCUACAUUUUUCCGAAGCAACGGUAUUUUCUGGUCAUUUCUAUUUGUUAUUCCCACAGUUGAAAGCCUUUAUUCUUUUGCGAGACAGGAGGUUGGAUUUACUAAAUUUUUCAGAACUGCCUUCAUAAACGGUUGUAGAUGUAUUGAAAUUGUUAUUCCUUUCUUUUAUGGCCAGUUUCAAGCUUAUAAGGUAUUUUGUCCUCAUGCUUCCUGGUGUCUGUCGUAUCUACCAUUCAUAUAUCCUGCAGUUCAAAAGAAGUAUUGGAAUAUUGGUUUUCUCAGUUACUGGACACCAAACAAUAUACCCAAUUUUCUUCUAGCUUGUAUCACAAUUGUUCCUCUUGUCUUUUCCUUAUGGUAUUCAACGUCAUUCAUAAGAACGGAUGCAACCAUACGAUAUCUCUUUAUUCUCAGUCUUUUCUAUCUAUAUCUUGGAAUCUUUCAAAUGCAUACUCAAGUAAUAAACAGACUUUCGUCAGCUUUUCCGCUUCUAUACUGGUCUUUAGCACAUGCCUGGUCACGAAGCUCAUCCCUGCAUAUUCGAAAAUUCACAGAAGCUAUUCUCUUCUCAUGGGUUCUUUAUAGUCUCAUACAAGCAGGUUUGUAUGGUUCAUUUUUACCUCCUGCUUAGUUCUUUUCGUAAUGAAAUUAUUAAUAGAAGAUUUAUUGACAUGAAUAUAGCACUUAUUCAAAC